CAUAUUGCAGUGUUACGUGACCAUGACAUAUAUCCUAACCUCAAUAAUUUUCAACUUUAACGUUUAAUAUCUCGGUUCAUGGGGCAGAGCGACGCUUAUUUCAGCCAGAAUCUUUCGUUUUAUGGAAAAACGCGUCGAAUGAGUAUAAUUUAAUCGAUUUUUGAGACGGUUACCUUCCAUUGCAUCUUUACCUGGAUUAUUCGUUACAAAAUGGCUGAGGACAAAAGUGUGCUGUUUGUAAGAGGAAAUGGAAAUAAUAGUGAGGUUGAAGAUAUCUGGGAUGAUACUGCAUUAAUACAAGCAUAUGAUAGAGCUGUAAAUUUGGUCAAGGAAGAAGUAGCAAAACGUAUUGCUACAGACAUGCAAACUCAGCAAACAAAACACAAGUUGUCAAAUUUAAAACAUUCAAAUCAUAUUAAAAAACCUUCAAAGAAAUGGACUGUUGGUGCCCCUUGCCGUGCUGUAUACUCUGUAGAUGGAGAAGUAUAUGAAGCCAUUAUAUCAAAAAUUCAUCCAAAUUCUGGCAUGUGUACAGUGAAGUUUGUUGGAUAUCAGAAUACAGAAAAAGUGGAAAUAAAUUCUCUUCUGGAAUCUGAAGGAUUACAAAGUCAAAUCGCUCAACAAAAGGAUGCAGCACAAAAAACUAAUGAAGAAAUCAUAGAUUCUGAUACAUCCACUUAUUCUAAUCUGCGGGAUUCCAAACAAAUUAAUAGUGAAAAAAUGGAUUGUGAUACAGAGGAUCCUAGAUUAUUUAAACAUAAUGUUAUACCUGGACUUGAAUAUUUGAAUCCAGCGAUAGAUGCAAUGCCACCCGCACCACCCUUACCACCGUUAAUGGCUAAGUUACCCGAAACUGAUGCAGAUGCAUUGUCUAGUAUGUUGAUGUCAUGGUAUCUAAGUGGAUUUCACACAGGUUAUUAUCACGGAUUAAAGCAAGCAAAAAUUAAUCAGCAUAAGAGAAGAAACUGUCAGUAGCCUGUAUAAAAAUAAUUACUUUCCCAUA